UCUCUCCCUCCAGUUCCCCUGCACAUAGUUUCACUGACCCACUCUUGAGUGCAUGACAGGAUAAGCCCAAUUGUUAUCUUGUGGGCAGGCACUAGGACCCUGAAGACCAUGAUGGAUAGGGGAAAAAAACUAGGUGGUUAUUAGAAUAGGAAUGGAGCAAAGAAAGAAGGGAUAGAGAGAGAGAGAAGAAAGAGAUAAAAAUGCAUACAGAGAGAGAGAAAGAGAGACAGAAAGCAAGAGGGAAAGAUAGAUAGGAGACAUGGAGAGGGAGAGGGAAGGCAAUCAGACAAGAGAACAAGGGUUGUGUGGAGAGACACAGUGACAGCUCAAGAUUCUAGAAAUAGAUAGGGGGGGGGGAGAGAGAGAGGAGUGUACUAGGGGAAGGAGGAGGGGCCCUGCCCUGCCGGGGCGAUAAAACCGAGGCGAGGGGAAGCCUGCGAGAGGACAGGACUGCUUGGGAAACAGACACUCCCUGGAGAAGAAGACAGCCAGGGAGCCGCUGGGGGAGACACAGUGUGGAUUUACUGCCUGCACCACAACUGCCUGGAGCCCCACACACGCACCGGGACCGGCUCCGGCUCCGCACGGACUACAGGACAGCAGCAGUCAGGAGCGAGUGAGAGAGAGAGAGAGAGUGCAAACGAGGGAAAGCGCUGAGGAGGGAGAAAGAAAAAGAAAGAGAGAGAGAGAGAGAGAGAGAGAGAGAGAGAGAGAGAGAGAGAGAGAGAGUGAGAGAGAGAGUGAGAGAGAGAGAGAGAGUGAGUGGGUGAGACAGAAAGAGGGCAUGAAAACAGAGGCGGUAAAUUAAAUACCACCGAUACCACCCACUGAGCCUCCAUACCACACACGGAGGACUUGUCACACUCUCCAACACCCAGACACGCACACCCUCACACACACACACACACACACACACAAACUCGUGUACACACAGAGAGACACACCACAGUGUGCGCUCAGUGACUCAACCGCUAAGUGAGACUCCGGGACACAACAUCCAUACUGCACACACACGCACACAAACACACACACACUCACACACACACACACACACACACAGAGACGUGCGCGCACCCACACGCAAGCACGCAACUCGUCACCCUCAGCCGUUCUGACAACACCACACGCGGUGAUUUGAUUGCACUAAGUGGAUGAGCUCACACCUGAGGAAGGUCUGAGGCAGAGAGACGCGCACCCACUCACCGAAGAGCACAGAGCAGCUCAGAGCAGCAUGGCAAAGUAAGGGAACAGGGGCGUCUCUCUCUCUGCUCUGCUCUGCAGCCUGCAAUCACCCAGCUCAGUCCGGCAGAGCCCAGCGUGUGGGUCACAGCCUCAGCUGGACAGCAAGCCAAAGCCAAGGACUUUUUUUUUUCUCCAAAUCACACUCAAGGCAAAGUGAGACGGCAGGACAGACGGAGAGCAACACUGUUCCUCAGAGGGCAGAAGACAGGAUAGUGAGAGAGCCCGUGAAGAGGGAGAGAGAGAGAGAGAGAGAGAGAGAGAGAGAGAGGACACUUCCGUUGCUUCCAAACCGCGGGAGAGGAUGGGUGCCUAGCCCCCCUCCCGAGGAGGACUAGGAGAGGAGUCACGCGAAGGAGCCCACACCGAGCCACGCACGUCUGGCCCCCCGGAGGAUGGUGCCCCGCCGAGGGCCACUGGGGGUUCCCCUGCCUCUGCCCCUUCCCAUGCCCCAGCCGCUGCCGCGGGGGCGGAUGGCUCUGCUGCCCCUGCUGCUGCCCCUCCUGCUGCUGCUGCUGCCACUGCGCUGCGCCACACAUGGCGAGGACAGCGCCGAACUGGACGGAGACAACUACACGGUCAGCACUGAGAGCCCGGAGACUAUCUCGUCUGAUGCGGCGAUAGUCAGUCCUCUCAACACAUGGCUGUUGUUCAGGAACUCCAAUAAGGGCGAGACCAAGAAUCCCAAGAGACAUCCCAAGAGGCCAUCUAAGCAUGGUCUCCCUGGCCCUCCUGGCCCCCCCGGCCCCCAGGGCCCCCCAGGUCCGCCGGGGCCCCGGUAUCCGCUGCAGGAGGCCCUCAUGCAGGAGUUCCAGCUCAAGCUGAAGGAGCUGGUGGGCUCACAGUGUCUGUUCUGUGACCAGCCGCACCGUGUGGUUACAGCCUUCCACUGCCGUCUGCACCACAGCCUGACCGUGCCCCGCCGCAGCCUGCAGGAGCUGCAUCCCUUCAGCCCGCCCUCGGAAACAGAGCAGUUCCACCAGAGGGGCCAGGCCUUUAACGCCAGCAGCGGCCGCUACACGGCGCCCAUCUCCGGCUUCUACCAACUCACCGCCAGCCUGCAGAUUGAGUCCAGUGAUACACAGAGGAAGUCACAGUCCAGGCCCAGAGACAGUGUGAGAGCCUCUAUUUGCAUCGAGUCUCUGUGUCAGAGCAAUGUGUCUCUGGAGACAGUCACUGGAAUUGGCUCAACAGGCAGAGUAUUCAGCAUCUUACUGACAGGAACACUUUACCUACAGGGAGGGGAGUAUGUGUCCGUCUUUCUUGACAAUGGGACAGGUUCAGCGCUCACAGUCCUUCAAGAUAGCUUGUUCUCUGGGAUCCUUCUUGGAGUGUGACACAUUUAGACACACACACACACACACACACACACACACACACACACACACACACAAACACACAAACAUAUACGCACAUGCAGCUAACCCCACCCACACACACACACACACACACACACACACACACACACACACACACACAAACACACACUCACUCACUCACACAAGCCCAUCAUGGAGGGGAAACCAAACCACAAAAACAGCCUUAGAUUUUUAAGAGGCUCUUGGCAUGUCUGCAUGUUCUCUUUGGCUGGAUGACCUAAUAAUUUGAAAACAGGGGGGCAACAGAGAACAGUAAUACCGUAAUUGCAACUAGGAGGACUUUCCAGGCACCCCACACCAUUCAGACCCUAAGCAGCUUCUGCAAUUAUCCAUAACACUGUUGCCAGGACAGCGGGACGGCACUGUCUGUCUCAUGUUUGCAAAUGGAUGGCAACGAGAAAGGAAAGUUUGUUUAUAGAGAUGUAUUUUUUUUUAACACCGUGUUGAGUUUCCAUCUAGCAAACUCUAUAAAAGUCCUGUUAUAUUUAUUUUCAUUGCUCUCCAAAAAAACAAAAAAGGUGUAGAUAUUUGUUUCUGUGUUUGAUAAUGUUUGUAAUAAAUCCUCUUAUAAAUUU